AAAAUUAACACUUGACAGGUGUCACUGUAAACACGAUCAGCUGUUUUUACUGACUUACAAAUUAUUUGAUAAAAACCACAAAUUUUAUGAAACUCAAAGAAGAUUUAUUCAUGAAGCAGUUUAAGUGUGUGAACUGUGGAGAGCCGGCAGCAGCCCUAUACAAAACCUAUGGCCCUUCAGUUACAAAACUAACUAAAUGUAUGAAGUGUAAACUGGUUGUGGACAAAUAUGUAGAAUAUGAUCCAGUGAUAGUAAUGAUUGAUCUAGUCUUGAUGUCUAAAGAAGCACAGAGACAUAUUUUGUAUAACACAGAAUUUAAAUCAUAUUGGAAAUUAUUGAUAAUAUUGGUGAUGCUGGAGACAUAUGGAGUGUGGCACAGCGGUAGUUUAUUCAACAUAGUAAUUAACACAAUGUGCGGCAUCAAUGGCAACGCUACAAUAAAUACUACACAUUUUGGUAUUCCUGAUUUGAAAUUGCCAGUCUCCUGGGGGAAUAAAUGUUGGGCGUGGGUACAAGAAGACAGAGGAGAUGAAAGUGAUCUGUUCAUCUGGGAAAAAGAUUUUUAUAUACAAUUUCUAUCCACUUUCUCUGGGAUAGUGAUGUUUUUAUUAACAAGCAGCUUUAUAAUGCUGAUAAUGAAGUAUUUCAUACCAACAAUUGAAGGUAAAUAUUUUUGACUUAUCUUUGAAAUAGUUUUAGUCUCAUAAUUUUUAAAUUUUACUUAAAAAUGAUCGAUAGAUUGUCAUGGUGCGAGGGUACUGCCAUCUACUUGGAGGCCGUCCAUUAAUCGCGUGAGGCUCGAAAGGGGGGUAGGGAUUCGUCAAAAAUCACGAAAUAUCACAAGGUGGUGGUGGGGGGGGGGGUGUAGUAAUAUAUCACGUGUUUUUAUUUUUUACUGAAUGCGCGAUUAUUAAACGGUUUUUUUUUAAAUACACGUUAUUUGGUUGAAGGAGGGAGGGGGUAGUCUGAAACCUCACCAUGUAUCACCAAGGAGGAGGAUGAUUAUUGGACGGCCCCUUAGUGUCCAGUUGCAACUACACGUCAGCAACGUAUGAGGACAUUUCCCGGGCAAUACAUAGUUCCACGACCCACUACACUGUUGUCAUGGGAGACUUCAACGCAAGGCUAGGCAAGCGUGGCGAUGAGGAGUUGAAAGUGGGGCAAUUUGGAUCUGGGAUCCGGAAUCACCGUGGUCAAAUGCUAGCCGACUACAUGGAGAGGGAAGGACUCUAUAUGAUGAAC